GCUCGGCAUCGCAGGACGCACCGAGGCAACAACCCUGAGCAGACUGAAGUGUGCGUUCCUUACGAAUAUAAGCUAACUCCUCAUUAGGGAAAGUGUGGAAACUGAUCGCGGGCCAUAAUUUGCAGCUCAUCGUACCACAUUUUGGAAACAUUUUUGGCUCUGUACACCAAUUGCAGUCUACUGGCAAAUAUGGAUUCCCAGAUGAAUAUUCGGUUCGCACAGCCUUCGGACGAGCCCUCAAUAGCGGAGAUAUGCACCCGCGCCUUCUUCGACGAAGACCUUUUUGGGCGAGUGAUGCAUCCUCGACGGAACGAGUUUCCUGAGGAUGUCCAGAUUUUCUGGCACAAAUCGCUUCAAAAUGACUGGUCAAACCCACGGAACGUAGUAAUUGUCGCUGUUACUAUCGAUCCAGCCAAUCAAGAGAAGAUCGUCGGUGCAGCCGUCUGGCAGCGCCAAGGUGGGGAUACGGGUGCGCAAAAUGUCAUCGCCAAGUGGAACGAUCCGGGACCAUGGCCGCUUCCGCAGGCAACGGAGAAUCGCGCUCUGGACCCUUCGAAGGUGAACAUUCUCAAAGAGUCCGCGCCAUACACAAAACAUUACUGGGCCGGCGCCAACGCAACAAAUUGGUAUCUGGCGCUAUGCUGUGUGGAUCCAGCCGACAAGGGUCAUGGCGUGGGGCGGCUACUAGUGCGGUGGGGUUUGGAUCGUGCUGAAGAGGAGGGAAUCGGGGCCAGUGUUAUGGCAAGUGAAGGAUCAGAUGGGUUUUACCUGAAGUGUGGAUUCGACGAGGUCAUUGGUAAUGCGAAUGAAGGAAUCGGCAACCCGUUGCAGGAGGUGGAUGUAAAGGGUGGCAACAUUUUGUUCAAGUGGCCCGCAGAGCGUAAAGGGGCCCAAAGCGAGACUCAAUAGACGAUAGACUGAUGCUCUCGAGACCCGUUUGGAUUGGGUACCGAUGACACCAGCCUGAGAGCUGUCUUAACCUUUCAAAUUUUACAAGCGUUUUUGGCAAACUCAUAAUAGUACCUUAUCAGAUAGGCAUUCACAUGGUUCCC